AUGCUAAACUUCGAACAAGAGCUCCGAAUGCGCCUAGAUAAUUUCUUCCGACAACACACCGGGUUCUCCUCUUACGCCCAUUUCCUCUCCAUCCCGCCCAUCUUCCGCGAGGAAAUUUUCGACCAGCUCCUGACAACCGAUACCUUCCUCAUCAUGCCAGAUACAGAUGUCCGGGACGCCGUCCUCGGCGACGCCAUCCUCCUCUGCCAGAAAUACAUCACACGCGACAGUGCUGUCACCAAGGAAGCGCUGGAAACCUACUACGAGAAGAACCACUUCCAAGUCUGGAAUGCUCCUUACCUGGCUGAGCUGCUGGUGUAUAUGAAUGAUCGGCACUCCGACCCGGAUGAGGGGUUCGACCCCAAACUACACGUCCAGCAUCUGACUCUCGGGUUCGAGUGGGAUGUGCUCGAGGAGUUUGGGCUUGGGGAGGACGACCCGGAAGCUACCAUCGAGGGUGUUUUGGGGAUGUUGGCGGAGUGUCCGAAUUUGAAGGAGGUUGCGUUUGAGAUUAAAGGCACGCCCGAGGGGAUAUCGCGAUUGAAGAAUAUUUUCGAUUCGCAUGAGUCGCAACUGCAGAAUCUUGACGAGCGCUUGCGGCUAAAUACUGACGAGGGCGAUAUUCCCGCCGGGCUAUUGCUCUUGGAGAUUCCGUCGGAUAGGCAGUUACCCAGGAGGAUGAUCCCUCAUCCGUGGUGGGAUGGCGAGCGGACGGAAGAGAUGGAGCUUUUCGAAGAGGAUUGGUGGGAGCGUUUGGAGCAUACCGAGAAGAUUCCCAUGGAGUUGUUGGUUUGA